CGUGUGCUUCGGCCAUGUUGUGGUUUUGAAUGAGGAAGAAGCGGGAGAGAUUAUCGUUUCUGUUUCUUUGCAGCGUUUUUUCGAAUUCACAUUGUUUUGAGAGGGAUUUCAUGAGGUGAGAACCCCGGUAAAGAUAGUCGAAGACGAAAAUACAGUUAGAAAGUUCAGUUAAACCAAGUCAAUUAACCGUCAGUAUAAAGAUAAUAUCUGGAGAGCUCUUCGUUGUGUUCGCCUAGCUCAACGUUAGCUAGCUUGGCUAGCUAGCGUUAGUUAGCUUAGCCUAGCUAAAACUACUGGAGAAUCCAAAUUGAUCUCGCUCUUUACUUAACGUAGCUACUCGGCUAGCUAAGUGGCUAGCCGGCUACACGGAAUUUGGUUAUGCGAAUGCGCAACGUUAGCCAGAGCAUUGGACUGCGUUGGCAGAAUAACGUUAACUAGCAUUUGUUUUAUUUGCGUCACCAGCAACUUUUGCACCUUUCUCAGCGACGGUAAUUGGUGUUGAGGUACUUUUUGACGCCACGAAAACAUGUUUAAUAAACUGUACGAAUGGAUCGGAACGGGGAUUGCCAGCCUCCGGAACGGAGCGCCUGCGAACGACCAGGGAGAGGGAGUCCAGCAAGAUGGACAGAACAGGAGAAAAAGACAGAUCAAUUGUGUGGAAGACGGGGAGGCUGUCAAUCAAGAAGACGCAGUGGUGAAGAAAUUCAGAAUGGGAGACUGGAUAGACACCGUAAAGAUUGCUGCUAAAGGUGUGAAGACCCAGGGCUCCAGCGUGGCUUCGUGGGUGAAGAGCAGCGUGGGCCCCUCCCUCAGCAACAUCCUGCCCGCCUCGCCUGGCCCCCCACCCCUGGCGCCCCCUCCGGAGGCCUCGCCCGCGUCCCGUCCUGCCACGCCCUCGUGGGCGGAGACUGAGUUCCAGAUGGGGACACCUGGUUCGCUCAGGGAGACUUUCAUCAUGCCCUCCAGUACCCUGACAUGGAAAAGCUGCAAAUCAGUUCACGCAGAGCCCCUGAGGAUGGACAGGCCCGCCCUGGGAACGCGGGCCUUCGGGCGACCCUCCUACGCGGACGUCCCGCGGGGGGAGGCGCCCAAAACCAACGGGCACUCGGCGACGCUGCCCCCCGCCCUCGCGCCCAGACCGUGCCCCUCCCCCCGCCUGGGCAGGACCCUCAACUUGACGCCGCGGCGCUCGCCCAGUUCCCCGGCCUCCACCGGGGGCAGCGCAGGCAGCCCCUUCACCAGCAUGUACGAGAAGACCUUCCCCAUCCGUGUGGUGCAGAGCCCCUCCCACUCCAGCUCAGCCCGCCUCCGGCGCAGGAGGGCCCACUGCACAGCUCAGGAGUCGGUGCAGAUGGAGGAGAAGGAGGUGUACAGGCAGCUGCUGACCAUGGUGUCGGAGGGUCAGUCUGCCCUGUUCCGGGACGGGACGUCCUGCACUGGCCUGCGCUCCCACAGAGACCUCACCAGCUUCCUGAGCUCCAGUCGUCGGCUGCUCCAGAGCGCCCACCCGGCCGGGUCCUCCGAGGGUGCCAGCGCCCCCUCCAGCCCCCGCCCCGAGUCCAGCCUGGGCUCCAGCGCGCUCCCCAGCCCCAGGGAUGGGUCGGGCGGGGCCGAGACCCCCGUCUCCAGCCCCGGCCCCGGCACAGCGCCGGCAGAGCCCCCCGAACCUGCAGCCAGCCCCGCCCAGCAGGGCGACUGCUCCCACAAUGCCCUGUCCUCAGAUCCAAACGGAGACUCGCUGAUUUUUGUGAAGGAGCAGCCGGGGAAGAAGCAAGAUGCCUCUAGUGUUCCAUGUUUCCAUGCCGAGUUGUGGAUCAAAGAACUCACCAGUCUGUAUGAUUCGCGCGCUCGCGAGAGGCGGAGGCUGAUCGAGGAGCAGGAGGCCCUCACCACGCGGCUGUUCAGACAGCGCCUCUCCGAGGAAGGCCACGUGGGCCGGGGCGGCGUGGAGCUGCAGGUUCGCGUCCCCCUAGAGAAGGAGGUUCCCCUGGCGCCCGUCGUCGCGGAGAUCAAAGCCGCCCCGGAGGAGCCGGAGUUCCCCGAGCUCACAGAGGUAGAGCGCGCCGCGCUACGGCGGGGAGGCCCUUUCUCCUGCACCUGUGUCCUUCUGUGGAUGGCCUGUGCAGGUGGUAUCAGGCUCUCUGGAGGUGGUUGUGCCUGUCAGGACGAGUGUGCCUCGUGCAGGGGUUCAGACUCCCUCACGAAAGUGACAUCCGUGAUCAACUUCUACAUGAACAUGCUGGUGGAGCGCAGCCAGCGGCCGGGCCUCCCGUCCGUCUACACCUUCAACACCUUCUUCUACCCCAAGCUCCGCGGCGCCGGCUUCCCCGCCGUCCGCCGCUGGACCAAGAAGGUGGACGUGUUCGCCUCCGACAUCCUGCUGGUGCCCGUCCACCUCGGGGUGCACUGGUGCCUCUCCGUGGUGGACUUCAGGAAGAAGAGGGUCACGUACUUUGAUUCUAUGGGAGGCAGCAAUGACGAAGCCUGCAGGGUAUUGUUGAAGUACUUGGAACAGGAAAGUCAGGAUAAAAAAGGCAAACAGCUGGACACCUCUGACUGGGUCCUUCAAAGCAUGAAGCGCAGUGAGAUCCCGCAGCAGAUGAACGGCAGCGACUGUGGCAUGUUCACAUGCAAAUACGCAGAAUACAUCACCAAAGACCGACCAAUCACAUUCACUCAGAAACAUAUGCCCUAUUUCCGGAGGCGAAUGGUGUGGGAGAUCCUCAAUCGGAAACUCUUGUGAUUUCCAAGAGCAGCUGCGGAACCGAAUGCAAUUGGCUGAAUUGACAUUGAAGUGGGAGGAGCCGGUCGCAUUCCCGCCCCCAUCUCCGACUAACUUGCACCCCUCAGCCAAUCCCCCUCCUAGCAGGGAGGGUUAGAGAUGGGGGGGGGAGGGAAGCAGUCUGACACCAUGACCCGGUGCCCCCUUCAUAUGGGGCCCCUGCCAUCACACCCUGGAGAUCUGAGACACUGCCAGUUUUGCACUGGGGCCCCCUGGGCCUCUUUGACCCCGCCCACUACGGAAUCGGCCUGCUAUGACGAGUAAAUUAUACAAUGUACAGUUUACAGACAGCGAUUUUACCCACACUCCAUUCUUGAAUCACGUCCUUGGGCCUCAACCAUAAAUAUAUAUUUUUGUUAUGGAAAAAUGGGUUUCGUGAAUCCAACUGUGCAGGAAGUGUUACUCGUUGUAGCCUCUAAGGCCAGGCCCCUUUUAUGGUUAGCCUUCCUAGUGGUGAGAGCGGUCGUACAGAAUGCAUGCGGUUUCCCCUCCCGACCUCAAGGGGGCGACGAACACCGGCUGGCCGGACCUGCAUGUCCUCUGGUGCGACGGCGUAACUUGGCCGUUGGCUUCAGGCGUCUGAAACCGUCACUCUCAGGAUCAGAAUUACGUUUCCAGCAGCUGGCUCGGUUCGACUCCGAAGCUCUUUAAAAUCGAAAAGAAAUCGUUAUUUCUCAGAAAAUUUGUAGGACAAGCACACGUGUAUUUUUUUAUAGCGUUGAGGCCGGAUAACCCGCUCGUGCGAAAAGCAGCGGUUGGGGGGGGGGGGUUGUGGACCUACCCUGAUUCUUUUCUUAUUUCAGAAAUCGGUUCUCUAAUUUUACUUGAGGAGUAAGUGUAAAAGCCUCGCUGUUUAAUGUUGGUUCUGAAGAGCGAGGCGGGAUUUCCGCUCCUCGGCGCCAGUACAGUACAGUACAGUAGUAGUAACUCUAAUAUAUGAUGUUUAUGAAGAUCGGAUUUGAUCUGUAGGACGGACAGACAGCUUUGGGCAGCUGUCUCCUGCAGUACAGUGUCACCACUUUAAGGGCAAGAAGAGGGCUGGAGAAUAAAUAUGUUUAUUUUAUUGUUGCAUCCAGGCCCUUUUUGGUUGUUUCUAGAAGUUUUUUGCAGGAUAAUUUGCAGCUUUUGUAUAUAUAUAUAAAUACAUAUACGUACGUCUUAAGUACACCGUUUCUUGGAAGACUUGUAUUUAAUAUACAUUUUGUAUCUUUUAUUAUCCAUUUUUUAAAAUCUAGUUUAAAAAAAAGAAAGAAAACCUUUUGUGGAAAUAAAUGCCUUAAGACGUUG